AUGAAACCACAAAAAAACAUAUUAAUUGGUGUUACGGGCAGUGUGGCGACUAUUAAACUGCCAUUGCUAAUCGAAAAGAUACAAGAGUUUGAACAAGAUUACACUAUAAAUAUUAAAAUAGUGCCCACGCAGCAUGCUAGACAUUUCUUCGAGAGCACACUUUUGCCUGCAAAAGUAAAGAUAUUAAUUGACGCCGCGGAAUGGUCAAUGUGGCAAAUGAGGGGUGAUCCUGUAUUACAUAUAGAUUUGGGUAAAUGGGCUGAUAUUUUACUUAUUGCACCACUCAGCGCAAACACCCUGGCUAAAAUAGCAACGGGUAUAUGCGAUAAUCUGCUAACGUGUGUGGUGCGCGCUUGGGAUCUGCACAAGCCAUUGCUCUUUUGUCCAGCAAUGAACACCCGUAUGUACGACCACCCCCUGACGGAUGAACAAAUUAGUAAACUCAAAUCGUGGGGCUACACUGAAAUACCUUGCAUUUCAAAGACAUUAAUGUGUGGUGACACCGGCAAAGGCGCAAUGGCUGAAGUCUCUUCAAUCGUAGAGCGAUUAAAACCAUUUUUGGAAAAAUUAUAACUACCAAUUUUUGUACUCAUGUACAUAUUUAGAUAAAAGUUACAGUGCAUGCGUACUGCAAAAUGACGUCAUCCACAAACUGCAAAGAAUUUUCUACAAAAGCAAUAUUUUCUAAAAGAUAUUUUUGUUUUAGAAAUAUACUACCAACCAAAUUCAAAACAAUACUAAUUUCGAACGAAAUGUUUUACAAAUUGCAAAACAUUUCAGCCAUAUCAA